CUGCAAGAAUUUGGUGGCGGAAAUGGCUGAAAAAGUGGUGGGGUUUGUGGGGUUGGAUGAGGUCUCUUUGGAAUUGGCUGCUUCUCUUCUCCACUCCGGCUAUGCAGUUCAAGCAUUUGAGACGUCGGGUCAGCUAUUAGACGAUUUCUCGAAACUAGGUGGUAAAAAGUGUGCUAAUCUGAACGAAACAGGGCAAGGCGUCAGCGCUUUGGUCAUUCUUAUAUCUAACGUCGAACAAAUACAUGAUCUCUUUUACGGUGCUGAGGGUGUUCUUAAAGGAACUGCGAAAAACGUAGCCGUAAUCAUCCAUUCAACCAUAUUACCUGCACAUAUCCAGAAUCUCGAGAAAAUUCUUACAGAGGAUUAUCAGAUGGAAGUUGUAGUUGAUAUGUAUGCCUUAAAGGCAGGGUCCGAAGUUUCAAACGGAAAAUUCGUGGUUAUUUCCUCCGGACAAUCGGAAUCUACUUCUCGGGCACAGCCCAUCCUUUCUGCCAUGAGCGAGAAACUUAUCGUAUUUGAAGGCGAUAUAGGUGCAGGCAGCAAGAGUAAAAUGGUAAUCGAGCUUCUAGAAGGAAUCCACUUUGUAGCUUCGAUCGAAGCUAUGUCUCUAGGCGUUCAAGUCGGGAUUCAUCCAUGCAUAAUAUAUGAUAUCAUCUCUAACGCAGCUGGAAAUUCAUGGGUUUUCAAAAACUAUGUUCCUCAUUUGUUAAAGGGUAACCAGUCCGCUCAUCUGCUCAAUGCUUUUACUCGAAACUUGGGAAUAGUGUUGGACACGGCAAAAUCGCUCGUUUUUCCUCUUCCACUUUUAACAGUAGCUCAUCAACAAAUCCUUGCAGGAUCUUCACAUGCUGCCAAGGACACUGAGGACACUGCACUGCUAAAAGUGUGGGAAAUGUUAUGUGGAGUGAAUAUAAUAGAUGCGGCGAAUGAAGAACCCUACCAUCCAGAGGAAUUAGCUCGUCAGUUAUCGGCCAAAUCGAAAACCGUUAAGAGAAUCGGAUUUAUCGGGUUAGGAGCUAUGGGAUUUGGCAUGGCCACGCAUUUGGUCAAGUCGAAUUUCACCGUACUUGGCUUUGAUGUUUAUAAACCGACACUAUCUCGAUUCGAAAAAGAAGGUGGCAUUCCAGGUAGCAGCCCUGCAGAAGUAUCCAAAGAUGCCGAUGUAUUGGUUGUAAUGGUGACAAAUGAGUCUCAAGCCGAAAGUGUUUUAUAUGGCGAUAAUGGUGCUGUGGCAGCCCUUCCAUCUGGAGCAUCAAUUGUAAUUUCCUCGACUGUAUCCCCGGCAUUCGUCAGCCAGCUUGAGCGAAGACUGCAAAGUGAACAGAAGAAUCUAAAGUUGGUGGAUGCUCCGGUUUCUGGUGGAGUGAUUAAGGCUGCUAAUGGAACACUUACCAUAAUGGCAUCGGGUGCAGAAGAAGCUCUAGAGCAUGCUGGUUCAGUUAUUUCAGCAUUAAGUGAGAAGCUUUAUAUCAUAAACGGAGGCUGUGGUGCUGGAAGUGGCGUAAAAAUGGUGAAUCAACUGCUAGCUGGAGUUCAUAUUGCAUCAGCAGCAGAGGCAAUGGCAUUCGGGGCUCGAUUAGGUCUUAAUACGAGAUUGUUGUUCGAUGUCAUAAAAAACAGCGCCGGAACUUCAUGGAUGUUUGAGAACCGUGCCCCACACAUGGUAGAAAAUGAUUACACACCGUUGUCCGCACUCGAUAUCUUCGUAAAGGAUCUGGGCAUCGUUUCUCGUGAAUGCUCGUCUCGCAGGGUCCCACUUCAUGUGUCAAAUGCUGCACAUCAACUGUUCUUGUCAGGUUCAGCUUCUGGAUGGGGUCGAAUAGAUGAUUCUGCCGUAGUAAAGGUUUAUGAGACACUUACUGGAGUAAAAGUUGAAGGAAAACGGCCCGCUUUGAGUAAAGAAUCUGUGCUUUCGUCUCUUCCGUCUGAUUGGCCGAUUGAUCCUAUUCAGGAUAUAAUUACUCUUACUCAGAAAAAUUCGAAAACUUUGGUUGUUUUGGAUGAUGAUCCAACUGGAACUCAAACGGUUCACGACAUUGAUGUAUUGACCGAAUGGAGUAUUGAGUCACUUGUUGAACAAUUCAGUAAGAAGCCGAAAUGCUUUUUCAUUUUGACAAAUUCACGGUCAGUAAGUUCCGACAAGGCUACUGCACUAGUAACAGAAAUAUGCAGCAACUUAUCCGCCGCCGCAAAGACAGUGGACAACGCCGAAUACACUGUCGUUCUGAGAGGCGAUUCAACUUUACGAGGCCAUUUCCCCGAGGAGCCAGAUGCAGCAGUUUCUGUAACUGGUGAGGUGGAUGCAUGGAUAAUUUGCCCCUUCUUUUUGCAAGGAGGUCGAUACACUAUCGGAGACGUACAUUACGUUGCAGAUUCCGAUAGGCUCAUCCCUGCAGGUGAAACGGAGUUUGCUAAAGAUGCUUCUUUUGGCUAUAAAUCUUCUAACCUUCGAGAGUGGGUGGAGGAGAAAACGGGAGGUCGUAUACCAGCAAGUAGUGUUGCGUCCAUUUCUAUUCAGCUACUACGAAAGGGUGGACCUGAAGCUGUUUGCGAACGUCUCUGCAGUUUGAAAAAGGGGUCCACGUGCAUUGUUAAUGCUGCAAGUGAUAGAGAUAUGGCUGUAUUUGCCGCAGGAAUGAUUAAGGCAGAAAUGAAGGGGAAGAGCUUCUUAUGCCGCACAGCAGCUAGUUUCGUUUCUGCUCGUAUUGGAAUAAUUCCUAAAGCUCCAUUAUUGCCUACCGAUCUCGGAAUAUCCAGUUACAAGACCGGUGGACUUAUAGUCGUCGGUUCCUACGUUCCCAAAACAACUAAACAGGUCGACGAGCUACUUUUGCAACGAGGCCACGCCUUGAAACGAAUCGAGGUUUCUGUUGAUAAAAUUGCGAUGAAAUCGAUAGAAGAAAGAGAGGAAGAGAUUGCUCAAACGGCCGAAACUGCUGACGUGUACCUAAGAAGUGGGAGAGACACUCUUGUAAUGACUAGUCGACUGCUUGUUGUCGGAAAAAAUGCUUCCCAUAGUUUAGAGAUCAACGGCAAAGUUAGCUCCGCACUCGUGGAAAUAGUGCGACGGAUAACUACAAAACCACGAUACAUACUUGCCAAGGGUGGAAUUACGUCUUCGGAUCUUGCGACAAAAGCGUUAGAAGCAAAACGAGCGAAAAUAGUAGGGCAAGCUUUAGCUGGGGUACCCUUAUGGCAACUAGGCCCCGAAAGCCGACAUCCAGGCGUACCCUACAUUGUGUUUCCCGGAAAUGUUGGAGAUAAUAAUGCUGUGGCGGAUGUGGUGAAAAGUUGGGCACAUCCAGGCAGGCUUUCUACGAAGGAACUUCUUCUCAAUGCGGAUAAUGGUGGAUAUGCCGUUGGAGCGUUUAACGUGUAUAAUCUGGAAGGGAUUCAGGCCGUUGUUUCUGCAGCCGAGGAACUGAGAAGCCCUGCUAUUUUGCAGAUCCACCCUAGUGCGUUGAAACAAGGAGGAGUUCCACUGGUAGCCUGCUGUAUCUCUGCUGCAAAACAAGCAACUGUUCCUAUUACAGUUCACUUUGACCAUGGAAGUUCCAAACAAGAAUUGGUCGAAAUUUUGGAAUUGGGAUUUGACUCGGUCAUGGUUGAUGGUUCGCACCUGUCGUUUAAGGAAAAUAUUUCGUACACAAAGUACAUUUCUUCCUUAGCACACGCGCAAGGUUUAUUAGUGGAAGCCGAGUUGGGAAGAUUAUCCGGAACCGAAGACGAUUUGACCGUACAAGAUUACGAAGCAAAACUAACUGACAUCAAUCAGGCUAAUGAAUUCAUCGACGCGACGGGGAUAGAUGCUUUGGCUGUUUGCAUUGGAAAUGUUCACGGAAAAUACCCUGACAGUGGCCCGAAUCUUAGACUCGACUUGCUUAAGGAUUUAUAUGAUUUAUGUUCGAAAAAAGGAGUCCAAGUUGUCCUACAUGGGGCUUCUGGAUUGGGAGAGGAUAUUAUCAAGGAAUGUAUAAAGUUGGGAGUGAGGAAAUUCAAUGUGAACACUGAAGUACGUAAGGCUUACAUGGAAUCUUUAACGAGCAUCGGGAAAGAUUUGGUUCAUGUUAUGGAAUCUUCAAAGGAAGCAAUGAAAGCUGUGGUUUCCGAGAAGAUGCUUCUCUUUGGCUCUGCUGGCAAAGCUUAACCGUAAUUUGAGAGUGGAAUUAUCGUUCGCUUCGCACCUCGGGUUUUGUCCCUUUCUUCCUUUCUUUUUUCGGUACAGUGAUUGGAUCUUAUAAAAUGGUUAAAAAAAAAAAAUAUAACCAUCUGCGGUUAUAUUUGACAAUCUCUGGUACAAAUUUUUUGUUAUUCAUUCAAGGAAAAUAAAGCUUGUUUCAUUCAUGAGCACACUGAAAGAAACUUGGGAAGAUCAAGUUUGGACA